AUGGAAUAUUAUUAUCCAUAUUAUAAAAAUGAAAUUUUGAAAUAUCAUAAUAAAAUAAUUUCUGAAAUUAAAGACAAAAUUAAAAAUAAUGAAUAUACAAAGGGAAAAACUAAAUCACAACUUAAACAGUUGAAAGAUUUCAAAAAUAAAGUAUUAACAGAAGAAGAUAUUGAUGAAUUAUAUAAAUUAUAUAAUCCUGAGCCGCAAAAGCCAAAGGAACAAAAACAAAAGGUGCAAAACGCCCAGGUUCUUCAGACCAUAAAUGAUGCACAAGCUUUAAUUUAUGAUUCAUUAGUUAAAGCAUAUUCAGCCCGACUUUUAAAUGAAGAUCAACUUUUGGAAUUCAUCCUUCAACAUAAACUCGAAGCGGGAAAGUAUAUCAAACCUUUAUAUACAGCAUAUUUAAAACAAAUGAAUAGAAUACAUCCAGAAUUAAUGAAGGAAGGAAUGAAAUCCAAAAUCAAAGCAGAUAAAAUUAAACCACUUGCAACACCAAAACCUCCAACGACAGUACCGCCUCCUCCUUCAGUUAAUCCUUCAUCAUUCACUUUAUUAUAUCCAUUUCAAACAUUAAAGAAGCAAAAAGAUUUUAAAAAGGAUUUCAAGAUAUUAAAUAAAUCAACUGACCCAAAAAUUCAACCGUUAAAGGAAAAAUUUAGUCGCCCUUCAUUUGCACCAUAUCCAUAUUCAUACGAAAUCGAUCAUCUGGAAUAUUCAAAAGGAAACGUUACUUAUUUAUUUGCCAUUAACAUUAACACUAGAUAUUUAUAUUGCAUUCCAGUGAAAGGGAAAACAGAACAGGAAACAAGAAGAGCUAUUCAAUACUUACUAGAUCAUGAAAGAGUAGAUAAUAUCAGGGGUGAUGGUGAUAAAGGAUUUCAGGCAGCUAUGGCUCAUUAUUUCCCACAAAUUAAUUUUUUCUUUUCAUCCUCUCCAUAUACGUUUCAUAAUAAAAUAGUUGAUGCGGUAAUGAGAACUCUUAGAGAUGCGUUAGGGGUUAACGGUCAGAUAUACUGGGAUGGAAAUCAUGACUCCAUCAUACAACAGUUAGUAUAUUAUUAUAAUAAUACAUGGCAUAGAACAAUAAACAUGAAACCAGUGGAAAUGAAAAAUGAUAUUUCAAAAGAAUGGGAAUAUAUUAGAAAGCAAAUGGAAAGGUUAAAUGAU